AUAUUUGAAAGUUAGUGAAAGCAAGAAGGAAUGUUUCAGUGCAGUCUAGUGCGGGAAUAGAAAACAAGCCUAUACCCCUUUUAAUUCAUUGUUGAUGAUUGGUCAAUGCUUUGAAUGUGACGCGACACGAGUAGUCUGGCCCGAACUUGAUUAUUCUCCGAGAUUCUUUCAUGCUUGGUUGUCACAGUAAGUAGUAACGUCAGUGUAGUCAUCUCCAUUUUCACCCCUUCCUUGCGAGUAGUUUCAUAUUUCAUGCGUAUUCUGUCGUCACAGACCAAAAAGUAUUAUCGUCUCUUCCAAAAAAGAAAAAAGAAAGUGACGGACACAUUUGUAAAGAAAAAAGUGAAGGAAGAAUCGUCGCUUAUGCGGUGGCGUCGACACAAACAUCGAAACGGGGCGAGUGUAGAUUCUCACUUGCAAUAGUUCAGCGUAUAUGUAAGCGAGCGUGCGCUCGUUGACGAGUAUACAAGAAUGGAUGUUGAAGAGGGGGAGGCGAAAAUGUGCAGGCUCUGCGGUCAGUACGAAAGAAUCUACAUUGAUGUUUUUGGUGAAGAAGGCAUCAAGCGCUACCUUGGUAUCAAGAUUCACCGGAAAAUCAACAUCCUGAUAGAUAAAAAGGAUCCUCUACCCAAAGCGAUCUGUGUUCAGUGUCUAGGCAAGCUCGAAUUUGUUUGCGAUUUUCAAGAGGAAUGUCUGCGUACGCAACAGGUUUUACGCAAUCAGUACAAUCUACCACCGUUAACAGAAUCUACCGAGAUAAAGAACGAAGAAUCAGCAGCAUCAUUAGUAAAUACAUCAUCAUCAGAUAAUAACAACAGUAUUGAGAAAAAUCUUAAUUCUAUUAGCGGCAGUCGAAACGAGGAAAACCAAGUUGACACAGUCAAGGAUCCAGUGGAACAGCAGAAAAAGAGAAAUACCUCAAAAAUUUCAAGAAACCUUCGUAGUCAGCAACAGCAACAACAAGCUUCCAAGUAUAAUGACGAAAGUGUGGAAAGAAAUGUACAAGAUAUUCAAGGUACAGAAUUAUUACCGACAAACCGUUGGCUUAGAAGCAGGCAAAGCGCAGAUUCGUCUGCGAUAGAUGACGAAGAGAUUCCGAUUGCAAAUAGAUUAAGGAGUCACGAUAAUGUAGAAAAUAACAUCAAUAUGCGCUCUGUGAAUAAUAUCAGUAAUAAUAGCAACGAGAACUCGGACAAGCAGAGCAGUACAAAGCAGCAGCAACAACAGGAUUUGUCGACAAUUCAAUUACCGACUUCAGCCUUGAAUAAAUUAUUGACAAUUGUUUCUAGUUCUCCCGAUAUCGAUGUUUCUGUAAAGGAGACAAGAAAUCGAAAUAACGAUGCAGAGGAUAUUAGCUUUACUGUAGAAUUGUGUAAGAAACAAAAUGAUGAGGUGUCGACGGCGCGAGCGCGAGUCUUUCCUGAUCAAGGUUACUGUUUAGUCGAUACGGCGAUCAUAAGUCUGCUGCAAAGCGAAAAUAGCGCGGAAGUGAACGGCAUUGUCAAUAGCAUUCUUAACAGCACAUCAGCGAAGAGCAAUAGUGCGGUGGUGAAGUUAAAAGACUUAGCGGAGUUAGAGCAGCGAUUAGAAGCCGCGCAGAAUCCGGAGGAGCUUUUCAAGAUCGAUGGCGAGGAAAUUAAGGUGGACGAUAAUGUGGAACACAUCGUAAAUGGAGCGCAGAACGGUUACGCGUGUAAGCUCUGUCGAAAAUUCUACGAGCGCCGCGACAAAUGUACAGUCCACGUGAAAACACACCUUGGUAUUAAGCAAUACACGUGCGUUGUCUGUAAUGCUAAGUUUGUUUGCAAAUCUGAUGUAAUGAAACACAUUCGAUGUUCUCACACUAAUCCCAGGCCCAUACAAUGUCCUAAAUGUCCUAAGCGAUUUAAAUCUAAAUUUUAUCUGGCUGAACAUGACAAUGUUCAUAAAGGUGUGCGGCCGUACAGUUGUACGAACUGCGGACAAAGUUAUCAUCACAAGGUCUCGUUGCAGAUUCACAUGAAGUCACAUCUGCCGCCGCAGAAUCUAGCUUGCGAAUAUUGCGGCAAAGUUUUUCCGUUUCGCACACGAUUGCUCGGUCACAUUGCGAGCGUUCAUAUGAAGAAACGACGCAAUUUUCGUUGUCGCUUUUGUUACAAUCUGUAUUCAAGUCUAGCGGUGCUGAACGAGCAUAUCAAAACUCGUCACGCGACCACGUACACAUGUGACACGUGUGGCAAGACCUUCAAAGUCGCUUCUAAGUACAAGGCGCAUGUGCUACAGCAUUCCAAUCCCAAACCAUUUGUGUGCAAUGUUUGCAACAAUCGUUACGCGUCUAAAGCAUUUCUCAAUGAACAUCUGUUGAAGCAUGAAGGUUUACGCAAACACGUAUGUCAAGAAUGCGGUGCGAGUUUUGCGCAAGCGAGUCAUCUAGCUGCUCAUCGCCACGUACACGGAGAGAAAACGCACGUGUGCCCAGAAUGUGGUAAAAAGUUCAAUCGUCGCGACAACAUGAAGGUGCAUCGGAAACGACAUUUCGAUGAGAAAAAGACUGGACCGGCUAACAAGCAAAAAGUCACUUCCAACAAUAACAACCUAAUCGCUACAUCCGCUAACGAGAAAUAACAAUGAAACUCACAAUCACAAUAGAUAAUCACCAGAGAACAGAAAAGACUAUAGAGAUCUGUACAGAUCUCUUAAUAGAUUGGACCAGAAUUUGCGAAGAAGAUUCGAGGAAAGAAGAUUCCGAGAUUGAAUACUUAACAAAAGUAUUUCGGUAGAAGAUUGCUCAAAGACGACAGCUUUUUUGCAUAUAUAAUUGGUGCUUCGAAGAAUUCCAAAUGUCAUUCCUAAUGUUCCUUAGCAAAGUACAGCCGAACUUUCUCUUCCUCGUUCUUAACACGUCGGGACCAAUCAUUCUAUAAACUUUUCCUUUGAUCUUAUUCUUAUUUUAAUACUACAUUAUAUAGAAUGAAAAUAUUGACUACGUUUACGUACAGCAACAUUAAUCUGGAUUGGUAACAACAGUAGUUAUAACUGUUAACUUUUAUAACUCCUUAAUUACUCUUUCUAUAUUGUGUUAUCCAAUUAAUAAUUGACAUUGCUUGUAUUGGCUACAUGAAAAAAAAAAUCGUGUUAACGAAACGUGAAUAAUACAUAAAUAAUUCAAAUAAAUAUAAUCUUGAAAUUUAUGGCAUAACCUUGCAUAGAUUUAGAUCUUAUCAUAAAAUGUAAUCUAAAAUGUGUAAACGAGAGUUUAUAUUAGUACUAAUAACAUCAGUAUAGACGUGGACUGUGUUACACAUUGUUAAUUGAGUUUAAUAAUAUCCGCAUUUAUAACAUAUUUACGCGUAAAAUAUAAUUUACAUUACGUGUAAACUAUGUUUCACGUCAUUUAUGUAAACAAUAAUUAAUGGAUCAUAGAAGAUUUAUAUUCUAUUCAUUGAGAGGACUACUCGGAUGAAAACUCCAUUUUGCGCAGACUCUACUUAACAAGACUGUUGAGAAGCUCCUUCUCCCUCUGUUCGCACAGACCUAUAUAGUCUCGUAAUGUCAACGAGUUCAAGUGCAUGGCAUUAAAAGAAAUUAUAAUUAUUAUAUUAAAUGUUAUAAUGGAAGGAGAAUUAAAUUUAAUUCUUGAGCUCUAUUUUUGAGAGAAGUGUUAUGAUGGAAGGAAAAUUAAAUGUCGAAGUGCCUUUAACCUCAUCUCCUACGAAGAAAAACAAGAAAGGUCUGAAGAACGUACGUUCUCAAUCAAAUCAAGUUAACUUCACGGAGUUGUGUGUUCGUCUGACAUCACUAUGGAGGCCGGGAAAGAAGAACAGCGAGGUGUAGUGCGGUGUUUAACUGCGGAUGAGCUGUUAAGAAGUGCAAUUCAAGCCCAAAUGUCUGCUGAGUAUAGCGAACACAAUAUCACGUGCGCGUGUGUUUGCGUGAAACGAAUUCGAGAAAAUCGGCCUCCAUAGUGAUGUGGGUCGAACACACGACGCGCUGACCUCACUUCAACCACGUCUAACAAACAAAUGACAGCGGUGAAUAUUUGCGCCGUUCUCCCCUAAAUUCCCAAUACAGGUCACGUCCAUGAACACAGAAAAGGUUACCAACGUCCGUACCAUAUUUGUUAUACAGUCUGUUUUGUUUUCAUUUGACUGACCCUAAUAAUUGCUUUGUCUACAUGAAAAAGAUUUGUGCAAACAUAACGUAAAUAAUUCACAAAUAAUUCAUGUAAAUGUUUGAAGUUUACGGCACAUUGAUGACAGCACAUGACAAAUAUAUUACAUAUUUCAUUUCGGUUACCAUUUAUCAUUAAUACAGAUUUUAUCUUUGGAAAUAAAGUCAUGGAAUGUUCAGGUAGUCAUCAAUAUAAUGUGGUAUGAUUGUGAACAGUUUUGAAGAGUCAAAGAUUUCAAAUAGAUUUUCUCCUCCAAUAUCUCAAGCAAUUAAAAAAUAUUCUGUUAAACCUUGUGUCCACGAAUGCGAUCAAGUUGACGAUACAAAUGCUUCGAAGCAUUUGUAGCAUCAUAUUGACCGCAUUCUACAUGUGCAAGAAUUUAGUUUGAAAUCUCAGACAGAAUUGACCAAUCGCAUUUGAAUAAAUGGUCAACUGGCUAAUGCAAUUGAUUAAUUCUUCUUCUAUUUGAAAUCUCAACUUUAACACUCUCGGACCAUUUUUAAUACUCUUGAUACAAAGCUUUAGAAGAAAUGUACAACAUGGGUGAUUAGCUGGCGUUUAUAUUUUACAUUAUAAUUGCGGAUAUUGUCGAACUCGAUUAAAAAUGACAUGUAAACAUAGUUAUAGAUUUAUAAAUUUUGUUAUAAAGGAACGUAUAAACGCUAAAUAAUUUGUUAUACUUGUAUUACGCAACUUAAAAUUAUGAAAAAUAUUUAACAUCACAUAUUUAAGAGGGUAUUCCAAUGUGAAGGACCAUUUUCAAAAGUUAUUUACGAAUUUUUGUUUUGAAAACAUUUAAGAUAUUGGCAUUAUAGAUACGUGUUUAUUACGUCUUUAAAAAAAUAAAAAUUUAAUUUUUAGUUAUUAACAUAUAAAAUGGUUAUUUAUGAAUACAGCGUGAUUAAAAAAUCUUGUUUAUUGUCUAGAGAUUACGUUUUUCAUGUUUUGAAAUCCCAGAUUUAUUUUAAUCUACACAAAUGUGGUUACCGUGGAACUAAAAUAAAUAAUUUAUUGCAAUGUGGAGCAAAAUGACAAUUGAUUAAAAAAAUAAAGCAAAAUUUUGCAAUUUUUUAAACUUGUGCAAACUGUAAAAGAAACUUUUUAAGAUAUUAAAAAAGAAUCCUAAUUUUAACCAUAACAAUAAAUACUACGAAAAUUUAGUUUUAAGACAGAAUUUAAUCGAUUCAAUAAUUUGAGAAAAGUCUAACAAAGUUAUAAAAUAUGGAUUUGAGAAAAAGUUUUACAAAGGUAUAUAAAAAGAAUUAUCUUAUUUUGCUAUACCAGGCUCGUAAAAUACAUGUUCCUCUUUCUUUUUCGGUUUAUUGUUUUGGGGAUGAAGAAAAAGAUUGAUUUUAAUUAUUGUACUAACAAAUUAAUAAAGAUCUUGUGCGUUAUACACGCAUUGUUUAGCUCAUAUACUACUUGUUUCAAAACAUGAAAACAACGACAAACUUUCAAUUUACAGGCUUAUUCUUAAUUUUACAGGCUUAUUCUUAAAUUUUACAGGCUUAUUCUAUAAUAAUAUAAAGAUUGAAAAACUAAUUAAAUAAUUUUUUGAUCCAUCAAAUUAAAAUAUCCCUUAAUUUCACUGAAAACACAGGAAUAACUAUAAUAAAAUAACACCUUUUCCUGUGUAGACGAGCAUGCGUUUUAAAAAGUUAUAACUAUAAAUGUUACUAAUCUUUUAUAUACGAGCGACUCUUCUUAAGAUCAUCCCUUUUAAUUUUGUAAAUUGUUCAAUUUUUAUAAAAUUUUUAUAAAUAAAUAAUUUUAUAUUUUACUUUAAUUUGAGGUUAAAAGUAAAUUUAAAAUGUGAAAUCUAAUAUGGCAGGCAAACUUAAAAAAAAAAAUAUUGUAAAACUUGAUUUCAGGGAAUCUUUUUAAUGUUGCUAACAGCGUUUUUUGUAAUUUUCAAAAAAUGCGCUACUUUAAAGUGCUGUGCUUAGAUAACUUUAAAUCAUUUAAAUAAUGAUACAAUAUAAAUGUAAACGUGUCUUACAUAAGAUAAAGGUGAUUUAAUUUUAAAUUUAGCUAGAUAUAAAAUAAAAUUAUAUAUCAUUUUAUUUAGAGGAUUAAAAUAAUAACUAUUAGGCAAAAUUUAGGAUAUAAGAAUUUGUUAAUCUUUAUUUUUCCUGACUAGUCGGUCAAGAAUUCUGCGUUGACAAUGGUGAUGUAUUGCAAUAAAAAUUAGAACUAAUAGAUGUGAAACGUAUUGAUGAUGAAAUUUUGUCAUGCAUGUCAUUUCGUUAUUAUUGUGUUUUAUUGUGAAAAUAUGAUUUGUCUUGUUUUUACCAAAUUCGUAAAAAUAGGCUGCAAGUAAAGUUACUUUUGAAUAUUUUGUACAUAAAAACGCAUUUUUUAUCCCUUUCAGUAGUUGCUCGUUUAUGCACGCAUAGUAAGGUCUUGAAUAGAACUUUACGUGCUUUUUACGACUAUUUAUUGAUUGUCAAGAGAGAAAAGAAAUAGUUAAGGCCCAUUUUUAUAAGUGUUUUAAAGCAAUGUUAUUAUUUUGUUUUAUCCAAAUUUUCUUUAUUUUUCAAAUAGCAUGCAAGAAACUUUUAUCUGAUUUCUUGCUUAUGACGUCACGAUUUCAAUGUGGCCACAGCGACUAGGCAGGAACCUUAAAGAAGGAGAGUUUUUCAAAUAAUUUAAUCUGACAAAAAUAUUCCUUUUUUGAAUCAAUAUGCAAAUAAAAAUUAAGUGGAAAAAUAUAAAGAGAAUAUAUGACCCAAUAUAAUGACUGACAAAGUGUCUUAUAAAAGUUUUCAAACCACUUGUAGUUUUGGGGUAUUUUUUAUAUUGUUCUGUUUUUUAUUUAUGAAAUUUGUUGUUAUUAUUUAGAUAAAUUAGAAUCUGUUAGGAUAAAUAGUAAUCUAAGGUUUUGAGGACAAUAUUUUAUUCUGGUUAUUGUUCACAUUAACUUAGACAAUUUAAAAAGGAACACUUCUUUUAUUUAAGAUAAAGAUGAAACUAAUACAUUCUAAUAUAAUCUAGAUAAAGAUAAGAUAAAACCAUUCCUUCAUCUAGAUAAUUUUAUAAUGGCAAAUAUUGUUUGAAACUUAUUCUAAGUAAGUUUAUAAACGUAUAAACUUUCAAACUGAUUAUGAGUUUUAUGACACAAAUUUCUUCUUUAUUGAAGAAUUCUAUCGUUUUAUAUCUUCCAAUUAUAUUUAAAUUCAGCGAGCCCAAAAUUUCCUUAAAAUCGAGUUUUAUGAUAGAUUUUUUUUUUAAAUUUUGUCUGCCAUAUCAAAUUUUUAAUCUAAAAACUUGAAGCCAAUAUUGAAUUCAGCAAUUUCAGAAACCAUCAGAAAAGGUCUUCCAUAAGUGACUUUGUUAGAAAAGUCUCAUCCUCAAAGGGUUAAUGGUGAUGUGUAAACAUAGUUAUUGACAAGUAAUGAUAUAUACAUGAUUUUUGUUAUUACAUUUAUUUUUUUAUUUUAUGUAUAAUCACUUAAUUACGUAUUUAUACAGCAAGUGUAAAAUAAUGAAGGAAUAGUGUAAGAAAAUUUGUUAAAAAUACAAACGACUUCAACAGAUUUUUCAAGUUAAAAAGUAAUUAUUAUUUUAUUAAAAAGUAUUUUAGUAUUAGGUUAGCAAAUAAAAAAAAAUUGUUCGACUUAAAAAAAAAACAAUUUCAAUAUUUUAAACAAAGAGUUAAUUAGUAUGAAUCUGCGCCGAAGCAAAAAUUGAACAAACUUAUUUGCCAACCUAAUACCACAAGACUUCAAAUGAUAUUAAUUUUAUAGUCUCCCAUGACAGGAUUUUUUUUGGAGAAUUUUUUUGGAGAUUAGUUGAUAUAUAUUUGCCAUGAUUUAAAAUUAAAAAAUUAAUUGAAAACUAAACGUACAUAUAUGUGUUCCUCAAGAAGUCAAGAAUACGAAGAUUAAGAAUAGAGUGAUUAUAAUAACAGUGAAACAUUUUUUCUAUAAGCAUUAAAUUUUAGUAUUAUUUUUUACAAAGGUUACACUAAUUUUCUUUUGUUCAUAAAUAAUUGUAAUUUUGCGAUAUUUUUUUUCUUAAUAAUUGAGAUUACCAAGUUUGGAAUCAUUAGACUACUAUAAUCUUCUCAUUCAAGCGUUUAUGUAGUAAAGAUCGAGUAUGUAUACUGAAACAUAAUUUAGUUUAGUUUGUAAUAAUGUACGUCUGUUUUAUAAUACUUCUUUUUUGAAUACCGCAAUACUUCACGAAAUGUUUACCAUAUUCUGUAAUAUAGACAGUGCAUUCAUCGAAGUACGGCCAAAAGUAUGAUUAUUUGAGUAAUGCAUAGGUAUGUGUGCAUGUAUACAUUUGUGCGUAUGUGAGGAAUAGGGCUUCCAAAAUUACUAAUUUUGUAACAAGGGUGAUGAAUAUUUUCUAUAUGCCUUUACAAAUAUCCUUAUACAGCUUAGAAAGGUUGCAGAAACAUUGCACAAAUAUUUCAUUGCAACAUUGUAAACAUGUUGUAAGAUGUUGCUAUGACAUUGUAACAACGAUCCAUUUUUACAAAUAUUUCAAUACAAUAUUGCAGCAAUAUCACAAAAUAAUGUUAAUAAUGUAUUUUUAACAUUUUGUAAUGUCAUGAUAAUUAAAGAAUUUUUAAUUUGGUUUUUUUUUAAUUUUGGCAUUUAUGUAUAUUUUGAGAUUGUUCGUGAUUUGAAUACUGUAAUUUUUAGUGCAUUAGAAUGACAUUAAAUGAACAAGGGUUUAUAAGAUUGACUUUUAACCCCACAUCGACUCAAUUUUCAUUAGAAUAUUAGAUGAAGUGAGUAAGGCAAGAAGAAACAUGAUUUCUAAACGAAAAAAUAAGAUCAUGUGGAAGGGGGAGUACAUAAUAUACAAAAAUGUUAAUGUUGAUUGUUUAUAGGAAAUCGCGUUUACUAUUACGAGUAAAAUGUGAAGUAUCGAAACCAAAUUAUACUUCUAUGAGUCUUAUGACAAUUUUAGACGCACAAAUUAUGCUGUAUUGAUUAACAGUAGAUUAAUUUUGCAACAUCAACUUAAACGACAAAAUUCCUCCAGUUUUGUACGAUUUAAUGAGAUUCAAACGCAUAUUGAGGCAAAUGCAGGAAAUAUAACUUAGCACUUAUAUAUUUGUGUCACUAUUUCAGAAGAAUGUUUGGUUAAUACGAAGUUGAUUAAACUAUGGGCUGGUACAGUAACAUGAGCUUUAAUCCCUCAGGUACGGAUUUACAGAAACAAGUGCAAGACGAGUCUCGGUUGUCAAAUGUAUCCAGGGGGUUAAUGAUAAACACAUUUUUUAAACGAUUUAACGGAAUUUAAAUGUACAUAAUAUAUUGAGACAAAUGCAAGAAAAAUAACAACUUGGCAUUUGUACGUCAUUCAUUCGUGUCAUUAUGUCAGAACUGUCAGAAUGCUUGGUUAAUAUGGCAUGAUUAAACUAUGGGCCAGUUAAGCAACAAGAAUUUACAUUCGAAGUAAAGUCAAAUUCGAAGCGACUCGUGAAUAGUAUUGUCAAUACGCGCCAGAAUAAUUAUCGAAUGGAUGUCGUGCUCACGUUGCUUCAGUAUUAUGAUAUUUGACUUCUACAGAUAUUUAAAUCAAAGACAUUGAAGUUGCAGUGCGUUUCAAGAUUAUGUUGUAGAGACUGUAUUUUAGUCUGAUGAUGAUUCUGCAUCAGAUGUCGAACAAAAUAAUUUGCACAAUUUUCACACGAUUUAAUGGUAUUCAAAUGCAUAUUGAGGUAAAUGAUAUCUCGAAUGCUAAGAUACGAGUGCUAAGUUGUUAUUUUUCCUGCAUUUGUCUUAAUAAGCGUAUGAAUUCUAUUUAUUAUAAUGAAAAUCAUAAAAUUUUAAAAUCAUGUUCUAUCGGCCCAUAGUUUAAUCAACGCCAUAUUAAUCUCUAUAAGCGCUUCAAUAUUUCUAAAAUAUACGAAUGUUAUUAAAAAUUAAUAUUAUAGAAAUGUUGCAUUAACGUUAUGUAUAUGUCCGUUUUAUAUAAUUCGUGGUAUACUUCUCAUGUCUUAUUCACUUUAUAUAAUAUUCCAAUGAAAAUUAAUUGAGUCACUGUAGGACUGAAAAUCGCCUUUAUGAAUCCUGGUCCUUUAAUAUUAAAACUUUAGAAAUACAGAAUUAGUAAUUAAGUUGUACUUUGGUUCGAAAAAUUUCUUUAAUUGCAUAAUUAUCAAAUAUUUUCAAAAAUAACUGCACAUACCAAAAUUGUAAGUUUAAUGAAUCAGAAAAUGCUUACACAAUUAUACAUAAAAUCGUAAAGCUUUAUUUUUACAAUAUGUUUAAGAUUUUGCUGCAACAUCAUUAAAAUUACAUUGCAUAUCCAUAUUUUAACGUUUCUGAAAUAAUGCAAUAUGCAAGAUUGCAUUGUAGGUGCAAAGUUCUGUGCUGUAUGAGUUUUGUUCAUGAAAAAAUUGCAACGACAAUUUCAAUAUCUUUUGGAGUACAUUUUACACGAUAAUUGUUAUAUUACAACUAAAAAAAGAGUGUUAAACAUUUAAAGUAUUAUGUAUUUUAUAAAAAGUAUUUUACUUACAUACAUAUUAUUUAGAGACCUAUGAAAGAAAGUAUAGCAUUCAAGUGCCUUCAUUCAGGUUUUUGAUGUUGUAAAGUGAUAUACAAAGGUGAACUGUUUGCGAUUAAUAGAAGAUGUAUUAUGAUGGUUUAGAAGAAUAAAUGGCGGCAGCAAGAACAGAUGUUUUAAGUUACGAGUUAAGAGAUAUACACUUUCUAGCGUGCGAUUAUGAACUAUUGUAUAAUUAGAGCGCUCAUAAUUAUUAUAAGUAGGUAUUUAUAUAUGAUUAACUAUAUAUUAAAAGAUUUUUCCUAUAGUUUUGCGAAGUGAUCAGUAAUAUGAACUAUUUUAUAUGUAUAUGCGUAAAGUAGGAGCUAAUGUAUAUGUAUAAUUAGAAGACAAUACUCCUUUCCUUGGUUAUUGAAGAUGUCUAUGUGUUAAUUACAAGAUGCAAAUAUGUAAUUUUAAACACAUUCACGCGCACCAUAAUUGUUUUUUUGUAAAUUCUAUGUAGUUUUCUAUUUGAUGGAAUAAUUUACAUAGAAAUUCACCAAUUAAAAAAAAACAAAUUACAAAAAUUUUUUUUGGACAUAAAUAUAAAAGUAAUAAAGGAAAGAAGUAAAGUACAAAAAUAAUACAUUAUUUAAAGAUAUAUAAAACUAUAUUAAAAUAUCAGUUUAGCAUUAGAUUAGGCACGUAAUUUAUCCUUAAAAAAAAUUUAUCCGUUAUUAAGCAAUUCAUUUUGCAACCUUCCAAUAAAAGCUUUUUAAGAGUAUGCAGAAAAUCUUUUAUACGAAUCUGUAAAAAUUGUAUUGUAGCAGAUUGAAUAUAUAUUCUUGUAUGAUGAGAGAGAAAGUAGAAAAGAGGAUCAAAUUGAAUACAUUUUGAUAUAAUUAUUUUAAAAA